GUUGAUGGCCCCGUCGCCAUGGAGACGCCGAGGCCUAGCGACACCGUUGAGGCGUUGCUCUCCUACAGCGGCCGAAGCAAGUUGUAUUGUUGUUGUUGUUCUGAUUAGCCACCGCCUGCUGCUGCUGCUGCUCACUGGGCAGGCGAUGCACGCAGCUGCACGGACGGAGCGGCCAGGCAACCCGGGCGCCUGGAUCCGAGAUGGACAGUCGCUGCGGGCACAGAUUAAUGCCUUGGAGAAAGAAAAGCGCAUACAAUUUUACAGUAAGAAGAGUGAGUUGAAGCAUGACCUCGGAGUAUUGGAGGAGUAUGAGCUCAAAUUACUAAAUGAUAGGAAAUCUGAAGAACUGAAGUUGCAGCAGCAAUUAAACAAAUUAAAAACUUGUGUGCGCUUGUUUCAAAAAGAACUAAAGGAUGUUGCGCAGAACUCAGAAUUUGUCAACAAGCUCAAGGGGACCAUGGAGGAGGUUGAAAGAACCAUCAGCUUCUUUAAAGAACAACAAAGAGAACUCUAUGAGCAUCUAAUGAAAGAUGAGAAGAUGACAAGUCAGGAGAUUGGUGCUUUGGAGAAGAAAAUUGAAUCCUGGUCCCAGGGGUCAUCUAAUCCCAGGAUAACAAAAUCUGCUGUUGCUGCUAAGGUGCCUUUAUCCAAAACCAUUGAGGAUGACCUGCCAGCAGAGGUGGUGGCCUUUGAGAAGUUCCUGCAGCAGAGUGGAGGUCGACAGGGUGGGUGGGACGACUAUGACCAUCAAAACUUUUUGAAGGUGCGGACAAGGCACAAGGGGAACUUGCUGUUUAUAGAGGAGGCCUUACAUUAUCUCCCUGGACGGACACGUGAAGAUGUGGAACAGCAUGAGACCUGGUACAAGGAGUUCCUCGACCUGGAAGAUGAAAAAAAGGAAGCAAUUUCUCGUUGGAAGUUAUGCAGGGAGCGCGAGCGAGCAGAGAAACUUGCCAAGCAAGAGAAAAGUUCAGAGGGGCAAGAUGCAGAGAAAAAGGACCAGGAGGAGGCUUUGUUACAGAAGCUGAAGCAGGAACAAUUCCAGAAACGUGAAAAGAUUAAUGCCUGGAAAGCCCAGCAAGAAAAGGCUCGGGCAGAUGAGGAGAAGCGGCGGCAGCAUGAGGAGGAAGAGCGUGCGCGACACAGGGAACGUGAGACGCAGCGCCAGGCUGAGCUUCGAGUCAUUGCCGGGGAGCAUGUGCGGCGGAAACGGCAGCUGAAGGAGCAGCGACGGCGAGACGAAGAGCUCCGGGCGCAGGCCGAGCGGGAGGACAAGGCUCGUCUGGCCGCACAAGAGAUCCAGCGUUUCCAGGAACGAGAUCAGGAGAAGGUUGAAAGCAAACUUCUGGAGAAGAAAGCCAAAGAGCAAGAAGACAUUGAACGAGACAGGCGUCUUGCUAAACUGAAACAACAGGUGGAUGUGCACGUAGAAAGGGACCCCAGCAGACUCUUGAAGCUCACUAAGGGUUGGCUGGAAAGAACCAAACAUAUUGGGCCUUCUGGGGGAGGUCCACUUUUAACAAUCCCUCACAGAGCCGUUCCUGACUGGAGACAAGGACUCUAAUUUUCACCAUAGUGGAGGUUUGUUCAGGCAGUACAUUGUGUUAACAAUAAUCUAUUAUAUUAAACAAGGUUGACCACAGUAGGUUUACCACAGUAGUGUCUGCUAAACCUGUUGUUUGAAACAAAUAUUGUGAAAUAUUUUGAGGUGCUAACUUUAGCAAUUCGAGGCGAUGAAUAAUGCAAUCAGAUUUAAUCACUGGCUUCCAAACAUGAUCGAGUAUUUUUCUAUAUCAAGAAUCGAUUGUACAACUUGAAAGGAGGUUUUCAUUAUCCUCGUGUAAAAUGUUUCUACAGAGUUUAACAUUGUAAUAUUUGCGUCAAUUGUGUAACGGUAAAUAACAUACAGUCAUUGAUUAAAUCAGUUUUGCCUCCGUUUUUUUUUAAAUAAGAGUAAGUGCAGAGUCAUGGCAUGAUUGGGGUAUUAAAAUUUUGAGUAAACAUUCAGUAAACAGGUCGACAAACUGUGUACCACCAGCUAAUUAUGCUACACUGAUGAUUUCCAGUUAUUCCAUCUGGUACUGGAGCUAUCCUUUUUCAUAUUGAAAAUGGCAGUGGUUGUUCCCGCAUGUGUGAUAUCUGUAAAUCAUGUGAAAAACUAUCCUUCACCUGUGGAGUUUGAAUUUGCUGUAGGGACGAGCGUAAAAUAACACGAUGUUAUAUGAUUCUUUGUCGAAAUAAUGUUUCAUUAUUUUUAUGUAUUUCUUGGCUGUGAGCUCCCGCAGAUGUUAUUCUCCCUUAUUCCUCUCUCCGAUGCCAAAUUAACCAACCAUCCUGUCGUCCCUCUUACCUACCCUGGUAUUGAAGUGCCUCAUUUCCUAUGGUGCAGUGUGUUUUGAUGUCAUUUAGAUGUUGGUUAAUCUCUUCAUACAUGUAGGCUACUGAUACAUAUUGAUGGCUUGUUGUUGGAGCAUACAUUUGAAUGACUUAACGUGUAUUCAUUAGAGAGUCUUAACUUACAUUUGGCAAUUCUAUCACUUGAAAUACUUUUGAAUCCUAAAAUCCUGUACUUUAUUCCUGCAGUAAAUAGAUUCAGGAUUUUUUUCUGUGUUUCCUAUUAUCUUAUAAACUGAUCUCACAGUGAUUAUUGUUGCUCUCUGAUGUGUUUUAUGGUUGUACCUUGUGUUCUUUUGCAUUCUCUCCCACCUUUCCCUCCACAUAUUGCGAACUUCUUCAAUAAUUGAAUUGAGCAGCUCACAUUGACAUUGUCAUUACCUGUAGAGGGAGACAAAGUCACUGGGUUGUUAGACUUACUUGAACAUGCUGUCAUUUACUAACCAUAUUUAGAUCAGGAAUUGUUGGUUAAACAUUAAUUGUGCAUAUUAGGAGCCUGCAAUUAAAAGUGCGAUUUAUGCAUGUUUUAAAAGUUUAAUGUUUUAUAUAUUUUUUAAUAAAG